AUGCUUAUAGAUUCAACAAUCGGCUUCGAACGGCCAAAAGGACGGGGAGACACACAAAACGAAACUAAAGCGUACAUUGUGUUAGGAGAUGCUUAUAGGUUGAACAAUCAACUUCAAACGGCUAUCCAAUCCUAUGAAAAAGCCUUGGACAUUGCACAAGAACGUAGUGAUAAACAAAACGAAACAAAUGCGUACUUUGGUUUAGGCAAUGUUUAUAGAUACAACAAUCAGCUUCAAAUGGCUAUUCAAUGCUAUGGAAAUGUCUUGGAUAUUGAACAAAAACGUAGAAACAUGAAGUACAAAACAAAUUUGAAUUUUGAAGAAGCCAACGCCUGCUUGAUGCUCGGUGAGAUCUUUCAUGAAUUGAAACAACCCGAGAAAGCAAUUGAGUAUUUCCACAAAGCGAUAAAUGUUAAUAAAGAAUUGGAAAAUACAGAAUUUCAAACGAAGGCAGUUCAGGGAUUAGGAACAUUGUAUUUAACUUUGGCAUCAGUUUCUAGUGAAGAUUGUGAUUACAAAGUGGCAAUUGGCUGGUACGAAAAGGCAUUGGCUCUUUUUGGAACAGAGUUUAGAUAUCAUCCCUUGCAUGCAAAGACUGUAACCGGUUUGGCAGUUACCUACUUCAAUCUUGGAAAUACUGAAAAAGCGAUCAAUUUCAUUCAAGAUGCUCAAAAUAUUAUUAAGAAGAAAACUGAUACAGGUAACUGUUUUACAUAA